UUUUUGACUGCGAAAUCUGUCAGAAUUGGCGAUGUACGUAAUCUACGUGCAAAGUUUAUCCAUCUUAUUCAUUUGUCUGAUAGGCAGAUUUUAGAUAAAUUGAGAAGCUACUGGCGCUAUGGAGUCACGGAAGAGGAGAAAGGUAGGUUAAAACUAUCGCAUUUUUCUUCUUAUAUGUUGUAUUGGUGACUUUUAUUUGUUUUACGUUAGUAUAAAUAUAAAGAUUUUCAUGAAAAUUGUGCCUAUUUUUUUAUUAAAUUUAAAAGAAUUCAUUUCCUAUCUUUUAAUAGAUGGUAAUGAUGCUGUUGACAACUCAUGCUCCUCUAUUGCAACUGAAUACAAACAAUCUGUGUCAAAAGGAGUAGAUAAGCAUCAUGGUGAAAACGAAGAUGUUGACGAAGAAAGUGAAGAUGAUGAUUGUGAAAAUACAGUUUCUGGGAAGGAAAAAAUUUUCUUGAAUGUUGAAGCUAACAUCAUUGUCGAAAAGUGUGCCGAGAUCAUUCGUUCUGGACCAAUAUCCAUCAAUAGAGUAGAACGUGCACUCGAAUCAAGCUCUGUUGGAAAACGUGUACUACAAAACUUUGACAUGUCGCAAAUACAAACAAGGCUUAAAUAUGAGCGCUUGUAGUACAGAAAAAGUUCCAGGAGAAAGUGUUUCUAAACUGUUUUAUUUCUACCUUUACUGUACGAAACAUUUAACUAUAAUUUGGUGUAGUUUCGCACACUUUUAAUUAUUUUUCCCACUAUUAAACGCUCCUCAUUGUAUGUAUCGAGAAUGUUUUCAUUUUCUUUGAAUUCUUAUGGUUCGUUAAAAAAAAGAUCUGUAGCGCACGUUUUAAUUCUUAACGGUGCUGAGACAAGAGUAUGGAUUAAAAUAAGUACCAUUUGUUAAAAAUAGUUAUAUCGUUUUGCAGUAUACAAGUUAUGUUUUAUGUGCAUCACUUGACAUUUUUAUGUAUGUUAUUUUUCUAUAUAUAUAUUUAGUUAUGCAAAAACAAUGAACAAAAUUUCCUUAAUUUGCUACAUUAUUCAUCAUUCACCCUAACAUCGUUUGCUUAUAACAAAAAACGUGUACCUUGUGAAUCCUUAUUACAUUGCCUUUAUCGUUAUGAGUGUUAUGAGUCGCCGUUAGGGAGAACUGCCAUGUGCCUAGGUGAUGCCACGUAACUCGUGAAUUUUUUGAAUAAGUAACUAAAAACAGUCAA